GGGGACCUUAUGUCAGAGGAUCAACAACGGAGUGAUCAGACUGUUUGGGUGUAAAAUCGUUGCUGCGGCUUGCUAUUCAUCAGCAAGUCAUAACAACGAGUAUUUAAUUUGAAACCACGGCACCUUUGUUGUUAUCAUCGGGGGCCAACAUUUGCAGGGAUGACGGAGCUGAGGCACCGCGGGACGACCCACACCGACCUACAUCACCAGCAAACAGACGACAAGGGUUCAGAGAAUGAGCUGAAGGAAGAGAAAGACCGAGCGUCAGACACAGAGUCAAAGGCGGACUUGAGUGUCCCUGAGGUGCCUGUUCCUUCUGAUGACACCCCCGAAGUUCUGAACAAGGCCCUGUCAGGACUAUCCUCAAGAUGGAAGAACUGGUGGGUACGAGGGAUCCUGACUCUAGCUAUGAUCUCCUUUUUCUUCCUGAUCAUUUACAUGGGCCCCAUGGUGCUCAUGAUGAUUGUACUCUGUGUUCAGAUAAAGUGCUUCCAAGAGAUCAUCACCAUCGGCUACAGCGUGUAUCAUUCUUACCACUUACCCUGGUUCAGAACGUUGAGCUGGUACUUCCUGCUGUGUGUGAACUACUUCUUCUAUGGUGAGACGGUGACAGAUUACUUCUUCACUCUGGUGCAGAGGGAGGAGCCUCUUCGUAUUCUUAGCAAAUACCACCGCUUCAUCUCCUUUGCCCUCUACCUCACAGGUUUCUGCAUGUUUGUGAUCAGCUUGGUGAAGAAACACUACCGCUUGCAGUUCUACAUGUUUGGUUGGACUCAUGUGACUCUACUGAUUGUGGUAACCCAGUCUCACCUCAUCAUCCACAACCUGUUUGAAGGAAUGAUCUGGUUCAUUGUGCCUAUUUCUUGUGUGAUCUGCAAUGACAUCAUGGCCUACAUGUUUGGCUUCUUCUUCGGCCGCACCCCACUCAUCAAGCUAUCACCUAAGAAGACAUGGGAGGGAUUCAUCGGUGGAUUCUUUGCCACCAUUGUGUUUGGAAUCCUGCUAUCCUAUGUGAUGGCAGGCUACCGCUACUUUGUGUGUCCGGUGGAGUUCAACAAUGACUCCAAUAGUUUCCAGGUGGAUUGUGAACCCUCAGAGCUGUUCCAGCUCCAGGAUUACGCCCUGCCAAGCGUGCUGGAGUCCCUCACUGGCUGGACCACGGUGCGUCUCUAUCCAUUCCAGAUCCACAGUAUCGCCCUUUCUGCUUUUGCCUCCAUCAUGGGACCUUUUGGAGGCUUCUUUGCCAGUGGCUUCAAGAGGGCUUUUAAGAUCAAGGAUUUUGCCAACACAAUCCCUGGUCACGGAGGCAUUAUGGAUCGAUUUGACUGCCAGUAUCUUAUGGCCACUUUUGUUAACGUCUAUAUUGCCAGCUUCAUCAGGGGUCCCAACCCCACCAAGGUGAUCCAGCAGCUCCUGGCUCUGCGCCUGGACCAGCAGCUCCACAUCUUCCACUCCCUCAAGGCCCACCUGACAGAGAAGGGCCUGCUGCCUGUCCUGGAGGAGUCAGCUGCCUAGAGCCACGGCCGACACCGGCUCACCCUGCUGGGGGGACUGAGAGGAGAGUGGCCCUCAUUUGCGGCGGCCAGCCCCAGAGGUCUGGGAGACAUGCAGUGCUUUGUGUGAGCAAGAACACAUCCAAGAGAAAAAACGACAACAACCUAAAGCCUUGGGUCAUUCCAUUUUGUUUGUGUGUGAAAGAGGGAAGUGCGUGUUUAUCUAUGUACAUGUGGGACUGAAGUUUCUUGCAUCAGUGUUUUCAGGUUAUUUAAUUACUGUAAUUGUUACAAAUUUUCCACAGUAGCCAACUUACAUCUGUCAACACAGUGAUGCCACUUUGUCUGUUGAAUAUAUAACGUCGGUCAGCUGUAUAUUUCUACUGGUACACAGGAUAGUCUGUUGAGGUGUGCAAAUAUUUUAUGGUACAUAUUCUAUUUUUUAUUUUAUUUUUUGUUUUGUUUUAAUGCACUGUUACUCAGCAGCAUUACACACACUGUAUUGUCACCUGUGACACCCUCAUUUUCUUGUUUCUAUUUUCCUUCUUAUUAUUGUUGCUAUUUAUACAUAGGCAGUAAAAUUUUUACAUUUUGGUAUAUGCCAUUAUAUGCUGAUGUGUUUGUGUGAAUUUUAGCGAGUAGAAAUUCACUGUGUCCAUACAUAAUGUGCUCCUGAGUUGUGUGUAUGUUUGUCAGUAUUUCCUAUGUGCACUUUGAUGCCAUCAAUCAUUUCAUAGUCUUUCAUACCCAUCCAAAUUAUGUAUGUGAUAUCAACGUGGGGUGUAGCCGCUGUGAGAUACAGGCGUCUAAUAUUGUAAUAAGCGCCAUUGGGAAUUUUGGAGGAUUACUGAGUCUGUCAUGAAGGAGAUGGAAAAUCAAGGUCAAGGGUGAAUUAUUUUCUGGAAAGUUAUCCAAUUAAAUGUUGUGGGUAUAUGCCAUAAGGAGUAGUUUAGAAAGCUCUACAGAAAUUACCUGUCUUAUUGUGAAACAGUGGUUAUUUCUCAGUAGGGUGCACUAAUCAGGGCUGUGCCAGUUUCUUUUACAGCAACUUUUUCUUUUACAAGUCCAUGUAUUGAAUGCUUAGAAAACAGAAACACCCUCCUAAAAACUGAACCGGUUGCUCAUUUUCAUGGGAAAAGAAAAAGGAUGGGGGGGGGGCAAUAUUUUGUAUGCUCAGCAUUAACUUUUGGUGAGUGCUUUGGAAAUUGUUUUGCAAGAAGCAUCAUAGAAGACAAAAUGGGUUAUCGUCAGUGGCCCUGGUGUUGUUGGUAAUGGGUUAAGUAGUGUAAAGGUGAUGGAAUAAUUAACAUAUAUGCUCCAUACAUGUGUUACGUAUGUGUUGGUAUCUGAAAGGGGCCAUCUCAUACAACACAUGCUACCUGGGUUUUCACAAUGAUUAUUUUUAAAUGGCCGGGCCUGUUUGGAAGUCUGCUUAAACCUCGGCAUAAUCCCGGUCUGAUAAUUGAAACACUGACCAUCAUGUGAUCAUUGGCCAAAAUUUAACUUGUUUUGGUGCAUAACUUUAUUUUAUUUUAUUUUUAUAGAAAAGUAUUGCCCUUUGCACUAGAAGUUAGUUUGACCAUUUCCAGUACAGUCUGCUGUAUACUACUAGCCUGUCACAUUCAGAGUGUUCAUGUUCAGGGGUUUUUAUGCUGUUGGCAAAUUAAUGUUUGGCUGCCACUGUCAGGUCACACUUGGGUUGUCAAUACAUAAAUAAUGAAACACCUCCAGUGUUGUGAUCAUUUUUAAUGGAUCUUAUGGCAGAGACAUUGCACUAUUGUGAUAUUGGGAUACUCCGUAUCAUUACAUUAAAUACAUUUUUGAACUUUCAAACCACGAUCACAAGUUUUUGAUAAAUUUUGUUGAAGUGGGCUGACCCCAUUAUACCCAAUGAUCAAUAACAUCUCCAUUUCAGUCAUCCACGUAAACCUCAUUCAUCACUUUGCCAUUAACCUGUUAGAUAAGGGAAUUGGUUAUCAUGCCGAUAUUGUUGUUUUUUUUUACAUUAGCAGUGAGGUUUUAUUAAGUCAGUGCAAGCUGAAUGACAGCAAACGGGUAUACAUGAGAAUGGAGUAGGAGUAUUUUCUAUGGGUGAAUUGUGCCUGAAGACAACAUUAAUACCAACACAAGCUAACCGGUGUAGCAGGGAAGCUAGACAGAUAAAACUUUUUUCAAGGUUUGUUUUUGCAGAUUCAAAUCCUAAACAUUGGAAUGUAAUCUGACGUUUUCCCAGUGGUCUGGCUCCAAUUCUACAUCCAGAAAUACACCUCUUACGUUGAGGGCUUACUCGUGAUGAAACUGAACACCGUUGGACCACCUCUUAUUCUCUACUUUCCAUCCAAUAUUUCCCAAGGUGCACUUGAAGGGGUUUGUUUGCCGAAUGCAUCCUUACAAGCGCAUCACUGCAAAUUCAUCGAGAUUGAUCAGUAUUUUACAAAUGCAGAUUCUAUCCUCAGAAAUGUAACAUGAUUGUUGGCAGAUGCUUUUAUAUGUCUCGUAUAGGGUAGAAUUUGCCCCAAAGUUGCAUUUCCUUCAUGACAACAUAAUUUUUAUAGGGAGUGGGUAAACACUCAUUUCUGAACAAGCUAUCAGUUUGGUAGAGGUGGAGUAAACAUUUACAUGUAAUAGCACAUAUACAGGUCCGCACAACGUCCUCAUCAUCAUUUAAAUGUAUCUCCAUCCUAAUUUUUCCAUGGCUGUGAUACUUCCUCAGCUUUGUUAUGGUUAUGCCAUGGAUCAAGUCUGUUCAAUGUUAACUUCGUGUGUGUUUAAUAUAAUUUACCUAUAAUUAUUAUAGUAUUAAGAAGUUUCUUUGAUUUGAUGUACACAAGUAUUUUAGUUAUGAAUAUUUAAAGUGUCAGAAAUAUGUUCAGUAGGGUUUUUUUCUCCCAAGUCAGGCUAAUUUGCAGAUGUUUUAAAGCCAUAUAUGAAGUACUAUCCAUUCCAAGUUAGAAAUAAUACUGAAAUAGAGUUGAAAUAUAUUAUCUCAUAUAUCUCGGUGUGAUUUUUUUUUUUAGUUGGAUGUCUAUUAGGCUUUCUCCUGGUUCGUGUUACCUUGUGUGCUCUCUGUUGCAGUGCCAGUCAGAACACAUAUACUUCACCGUAUAUUGUGUCGUCUCGGUGAGCAUGCAAGAAAGUUUCCAGAAACUCAGUAGGGAUGGAUAUCCCACCGGUGAAAUGUGUUUUCUCUGGCCUAAAAGCCUCGGUGACUCGGCAUUAUACGCGGCAUUAUGUGUGCCGUUGUGGCCAGUUCUCUUGUUUGUGUGAUGGACGACCACUAGAGAGAGCUCAAGCCGUCCCAGCCUGUGGUCUUUCAAACCUCGGCCUGUGUUGCAAGUUAAAGCAGUGAGGCCUUCGCUUUAUCAUUGCUACUCAAUGCAUUCCUUCCACCCCAAGCCCCGAGAACUACCGCACUUGACGGGACAUAAAAUAUGAAUGAUCGUUUUACAUAUCUCUUCCGUGUGAUACACAAAGAGAGAAAAAGGCAACAACACUGUGCAUCAACACACUAUUUUUCUUAUAAUAAAUCAAUCUUGUCAAGCCAGGGCCUCUAUGGAAUGUACGGGAGAUGUGCAACAUGACUGUCCCUCUUGCCCCGCCCCCUCCCCUCCCCUUUUGUUGUGAUAGAUCCUGCCAAGUUGAAUUUGCCUAUAUUUAAGAUGGAUAUUUUUAUUCAAUUGUGUAAUGUUUGGUUUGUGUUAAGUUGUACAUUUGUCCAGAGAAAAGUUGUACUCUUAACUGCUGAAAUGUGCUUUACCUUUAGUCAGUGAAAAUAAAAAAACAAAACAAA